GCGGCUUUUCGGCAGCGAUUUUGUUGGCUCCGGUAACGGAGCAAUGGCCUUUAGCGUGGCCCAUCGCCUGCCCGAUGAGUCAGCCGUGCUCCAGUUUUACUCAGUCACAUCGCCUCUGCCAGCAGGGCGUCUUUCAGUCAAAGUAUGCGUUUCCAGCCUGUUGGUUUGCCUCAUUUGUGGCUUGAAGACGAUUUGGAAUACUAUCAAUCCAGUGCAACUUUUCCCGGCACUCAUGACUAUUACAAAGUCUCCGAAUCUUGUCGGAGUAGCCACCCAACACCGCGAUCUGGCGAGAUACAUCUUGUGGCGAUUGUCGGCUACAACGGCAACGCUCGACUCUCACUAGGGCUAUGGAUAGGGAAGUGGAGGACGAAAAGCCCAUUUGGCUCGUUGACUACGAAGAAUGGACUCGGUAUCUACGAUAGACAAAUACUAGAUGAAUUCAGAGAAUAGAUCCCAAGGCAAU